AAGUGCAUAUAUUGCCAGUAAACAGUGGACAGUAGUACACUGUUUACGGGAGGUACUGGAAGGGAUGGGAAGGGAGACAGACUACGCAGAGAUGUCUAGUAUCUCCCCCCCUCUUCCUCACUUCAGUGUCACGUUGUACCGAUGUAUGGCCCUGGGGACAAAUGCUUUCGUCUGUCAGUUGGCGUUGUGUGUGUAAUCUCGAGCUGAUCAUGUUCUUCUGCUUUGUGCUGUGGAGUGGAUGACAGUCAUUGUGCAAGAUGGAGAGCAGUUUGUUCAGGUUCCUUUCGUCAGAUGUUAGUGUGAUGCACUCCAGUUCAGUGCCUACAACAGAGCCAGUUUUCCUUACAAGCCUUUCCACUGCCACCCUUAUAAACCACUGCCACCAGUAUAAACCAGUGCCCCCCUUCAGGGCCGACACCCCACGGGCUCUAGGACCUGGCGGUCUCCUCGGUGUUAACGGGCUCUAGGACCCCGCGGUCUCCUCGGUUUUAACGGGCUCUAGGACCCCGCGGUCUCCUCGGUAUUAACGGGCUCUAGGACCCCGCAGUCUCCUCGUCGCUGCAUGGCGGCCUCUGGUUCUGACUGACAACUGAUCUCAGAUGGCGCCGCUCCGCAGCUCGUAGUGAACGGAAUCAAAGAGCCGCUGGGACUCCGGACCCGAUCCUUGGGAUGCAGAACAACACGACGCGGGGGUUCCUGUGGUCGGACGUGGAGACCCGGACCCUGCUCACCAUCUGGGGCGAGCAGGACAUCCAGGUGGCGCUGGACGGACACUUCCGGAACAGCUUCGUGUACCGGGACGUGGCCCGCCGGCUGGCCGCCACGGGGUUCGAACGCACCCCCGAACAGUGCAGGGUCCGGAUCAAAAGUCUGAAGAGGCAGUUCCUGUUGGCCAAGGAGGGCAACAUCCGGAACAACGGCCAGUACCACAAGAUAUGCAAGUUCUAUGACGCCAUGGAGAACAUCCUCAGCAACCGACCGGUCCUGGACCCCCAGGAGUUCAUGGACAGCGGGACGGGUGGAGACGACACCGCCGACUGCCUGGAGGAGGAGGGAGAAGACCCCCACGACCCCUACUCAGAGAACCUGGGCGACUUCCACAGGCCGGCUGAGACGGAAGUGAAGUUGGAGUACCCGACGGUUCCCAUCCCGAUCCCCAUCAAAGUGACCGUCGGGAAUAACGGCAGCUCUGUGCGUCCUCACCCCAGCAGCCAGCCCACCAGCACCUUGACCUCCAUCCCCCUGGCCCCCGGCCCCCUGACCUCCGGCCGGGCCAAACGGCCCAAGAAGCGCCGCGCCAACUUCCCCCUGGAGAAGCUGAUGGAGCAGUUCCUGGAGCAGAGCGCCCAGGCGGAGGAGGGCUUCUACCGCGUGGAGGAGCAGCGGCUGCAGGCCGAGGACCGCCGCAGGGAGGCGGAGCACGCCCGCGAGCUCCAGACCCUCCAGAUGCUGGGCCAGAUGUUUUCCAGCAUCUCCUCAGCCCAGCCCCCCUCCGCAGCCUCCUCCCAUCGGAACGAGCCUCCCGCCCCCCCCCGGGCGUUCCCCAGAGGCUCUGCCUCCCCCUCCGGCCCCCGCGGCCCGCCCACCCACCUCAGACGGACCCCCCCACACCCGACGGCCGACUGGCCCCAGCAGCAGAACCAGCAGCUCCCGUCAGACCCGCAGGCGCUAGGCAUGGACGAGGAGACCCUCUCCCUGGUGAGGACCAUCGUGCCCGCGCUGACCUCCAAGAAGCAUAAGGGCCAAGAUGGACGCAUCGGCAUCAUUGGAGGCUGCCAGGAGUACACCGGAGCUCCGUACUUCGCUGCCAUCUCUGCGCUGAAAGUGGGUGCAGACCUGUCUCACGUCUUCUGCACCCGGGAGGCUGCGAUCGUCAUCAAGUCCUACAGCCCUGAGCUCAUCGUCCACCCAGUCCUAGACAGCCCCAACGCCCUGGAGGAGAUCGACAAGUGGCUGCCCCGACUGCACAGCCUGGUGGUCGGCCCGGGGCUGGGGAGGGACGAGGGUCUGCUGAGAACAGCCAAGGAGGUGAUUGAGAAGUGCAAAGCAAGAGAUAUUCCAAUAAUCAUCGAUGCAGAUGGACUAUGGCUUGUUGCCCAGCAACCAUCUGUCAUCCAAGGAUACCAGAAGGCCAUCCUCACCCCCAACUUCAUGGAGUUCACGCGGCUCUACGAGGCGCUGCACCAGGAGCCUCUGGACGGCAGCGACCGGCGCCGCAGCGUGCUGCAGCUGAGCGGCGCCCUGGGGAACGUCACGGUGCUGCUGAAGGGGGAGCAGGACCUGAUCUCCGACGGCCGGAGAGUGCUCACCUGCGGCCUGCGGGGCAGCGGACGGCGCUGCGGGGGGCAGGGCGACCUCCUCUCGGGGUCCCUGGGGGCGCUGGCCCACUGGGCCUUCAGCGCCACGCCACCGUCCAGAAGCGUGAGCCCCGCCCUGCUGGCCGCCUUCGGCGCCUGCGCCCUGACCAAGCAGUGCAACAGCCAGGCCUUCCAGACCCACGGCCGCGCCACCACCACCUCAGACAUGAUCCAGGAGAUCGGCCCGGCCUUCAGGAAGCUCUUUGAGAGCUGAACACUGCUGUGUUCCUCAACAGAUGCUUUAAGAGACUCUUUCAGUUAAGCUGUCGCUCAAACACUGUCUAAAUAUGAAAACACUGAUUCUUCUCAUGGAUAAAUUGUAUGUGCCUAUAGCUAGAUGAGUAAAGGUGUCCAAAGACCUCUUAAAUCUUUUCAGAUUGGCUUAUACUGUAUAAGGACGGAGUGAGCAGUGUGAUACUAUAUUAUAUACUAUAUUGUGUGUAAAACAUGAAAGAAAAUGUAAAAAGAAAUGAUUAGUGAGUUACUCAUAUAAAGAUUUCCAAUAAAUGAUGAUUACAAUUUUUCGAUGAAGUUAU